GCCCAAGAGGAGGGAACGAGACAAUUUGCAGUGAGGUCAGUCAACAGGCCAAGAGGAGGGACGAGCCAAUUUGCUUUUGUUUUUUUAAGCAAUUUGCAUCCAAGAGCGUGAAUAAUAAAGAAAGAAGACUUCGGACUUCGGAGUGACUUGGAGGAGUUUAAAUGGUGAAGAAUAGAAAACAAUGAUCUGGGAGAGAAACAGAAGCUUGUUUUACCUUCAGAUCUAAGCCAGAGACUGCUUAACAGGACAUUCUUCUAUCAUUGAAAUUCCAUGGCUGUCCCUUCAGCAAAGAUGGAAACAGCUCCAGCCAAUCCGCUACAAGAUAUGGACCUUCACCUACCUACUGUGGAAAACGAAAUAAGUGACAUACUGAGAAUGUUAAGUGUCAGAGCAGAAACUGUUGUUGUUGGGGAUGCUGGAAUUGGCAAAACAUGGAUAGCGAGAGAGAUAAGUGCCCGUGCAAUCGGGGACAGAUUAUACUUUGAAACUGUUUGGGUCUCCAUGAACAUAAAACAAGAGAAGCAUGCACUGGUUGAGAACAUUGCUCGGCAGUUAUCUCUACAUUGCAUUGCUGAGGAAUGGGAAGAUGAUGAUGUCACUUACCAAAAAAAUGGUGAAGAUGAUGUCAAGGAGGAACAGAAGAACCAGGAGAACCAUUUGUCGAGCCUGAGGCAGCAAAUUUGUAAAAAGCUUGGGGAGUUGAGUGAAAGAAAGGAAUGCCUUCUGUUGAUAUUGGAUGAUGAGGGAAGUAAGAUGAAGCAAAAAGAGGUUUUAGAGGAAUUCCCAAACUUUGAGGAUUCAUUAAAGCUUUUGAUUAUCAGAAGAAAAACCUCAAUUCCCAAAUCUGGUGAGAUUAAGAACAAUGAUCCCUCAAUUCCUGAAUCUAGUGAGAUUACGAGUGACAGCCGCCCAAUUUCUAAUCCUGGCAUGAUUGAGCUUCAGCCGCUGACUGAUGAAGAGUCCGAGAGACUGUUAAAGAGAUUGGUUCAAAGCAAGAUUUCUGGGUCAGGUAGUUUCCUGAAAUACUCUGCAGCUAUUGCUGCACGGUGCAAAGGCUUGCCUGGAGCUAUUAAUGUGAUUGCAGAAGCCUUAAAUCAUGUUGAUGUUACAGUAUUGGAAACUGCUCUGGAAGAAGCAGCUGAUGGCUCAACUCCGAUAAUAUGCCAUGCAUAUGACAAGCUGCCAACUGCUCUGAUUGACUGCUUCUGGCAUAGCAUGAAUUAUUUUCGUGAAUUUGGCGGUGUUCACUACAAUGUGCUGAUUGCUCACUGGAUUAUUGAAGGCUAUUUCAAUCACUUUGAUAAUGUGGAGAAGGCAUACCAGAAAGGGCACCAGGUUUUGACACAGCUUAUAGAUCGAGGCAUGCUAAAGAUGCAAGAUGACAAUUUUGUAGUCACGGAAGGAGAGACACUGGAAAUGAUUGACAUUCGCCCCCGUGGAUUUGCUGGCACAGCUUGUCUGGGAUUGCCCUGUGUGCUGGCUUAUGAGCAAGAUAUCACAGGGACAGAUGGUACAAAUGUUCUUGGGAGAAUCACAAAGACUGAUGGUAUGAUUAGAACGUUGCGGAGCAGCAGAGUUUGGGAAAAGAUCACCACAAUUCUGAUUGAUGGGAGUCAUUUCUGCAGAGAGGUCCCUGAAAAAUUCUUUCAGCGCAUGGAGGACCUCAAAGUUCUGGCCCUUUUUGAUCCAAUGCUCAAAUCGUUGCCAUCCUUCUCCAGAACAGCUAAUCUGCUUGUUCUUGUGCUCAGAGGUUGUGAGCUAUUGGAGGACAUCACAUCCAUUGCAGAACUUAAGACACUAAAUGCUCUAGAGAUAUCGGGUUCUAGCUCUUUGACGAAAAUUCGAGACGAUUUUUUCAAGCACAUGCCUCAACUUCGAAGCCUUAACCUAUCUGCACUUCCAAUCAAAGGAUUACCUUCUAGUAUUUCUAGUCUGAAUGAACUGCGUUGGUUCAUCGUCAGAGAAUGUCCUAACUUAGAAACAAUGCCAAAACUCAUAGGAUUGAAAAACCUUGAGGUGAUUGAUGUCUCUGGUGCUGCCUCUUUGAAGAGUUUCCAAGAAAAUUUUGAAUCUCUUCGAAAGCUUCAGAUGCUUGACGUUUCCGACACAAGGAUUAAUAAGCAUCCAAUUCUAGGGGAGAUAAAGGAAUUGAGACGACUUAUUUAUAGAGGCUGUGAUAAACUACAAAAUUUGCGUCACCUGAAAAAAUUAUCUGGUCUCCAAGUUCUGGAUCUGUCUUGUUCUGCAAUCCGAAACCUCAAAGAGGACUCUUUAGGAGAUAUAGGCCUUAAAAUCCUUGAUCUAUCUGGAUCUGAAAUUGUCCAAUUGCCUUCCAAACUCGAUAGUCUGAUUGAAAUCAAGUUGAGUGGUUGUCUUCACAUCACGCAACUGCCAUGUACAACCUCAUUCAUAAACCUUGAGAAGAUUGAUCUUUCUGGUGCCAUCAAGUUCUCAAAAAUUGUAGAUAUGUCUUUCGGACAUAUGAAAAAACUUUGGUACCUCAACUUCUCAAAUACCAAAGUUGAAGAUCUUCCGUCCCUCUCCAACCUUAGUAAUCUUCAGAAGCUCUUGCUGAAGGGUUGUUCAUGUUUAAAAAAUCUGCCAGAAAUGCAAGGAGUGCAGGGGCUUAAGGUGCUUGAUCUCUCAGGCUGUGAGCAACUGAAGAAUUUGGCUUCCUUGAAAGAUUUCAGAAAACUGGAGGUUCUUGACCUUUCUGGUUGUAGUAUGAUCCAAGCAAACGAAAAUGAGUCCCUCCAGCACAUGUGUAGUCUUCAAGUACUCAAUCUUGACCAAUGUGGUGCAACUUCUCUGAGUAAAGUUGCAGCAGAAUCCCUGGAGUAUCUGACUUGUCUUAAAAUUCUCAAGCUAUCUGGAAUUGCAGAAGACAUUCCAUCCUUCUCCAAGGUCUCCCAACUUAGCAACCUCAGCGAACUGUCACUUAAAGGUUGUUCAGGCCUAAAAAAUGGGCAACAUGUGGAAGUUCUUUCAAAUCUUGUGGUUCUGGAUCUUUCUGGAACCAAAUUUGAGACUCCACCCUCUCUCGAUAAGUUCAACAAACUCUGCCAGCUUGUUUUAAGAGGUUGUGAUUGGGUAAAAUCAUUGCCUUUUGAGUCACUUAUUCACUUGGAGAUUCUUGAUUUGUGGGGAACCAAAAUAGAAAUAUUCCCCUACAGGGUUGCGGAAUUGACACAGCUAAAGAAACUUUACCUUCCAAACUCAAAAAGUAUACAGGAAGUAGACUGGGCUCAGGUCAAGCGACUACCUAAGGAAGUAAACUGGGAAGAAUGCGGUAUCCCUUCUAAAGCUCAUGUAAAUGGGUCAUUAACUGUUCAGAAUUUUUUCGAAGUCUUGGAGCAAAACCCCAACUUGAUGGAUGCAUUCUCGAAACAAUACCUUUACUUCUCAGUUUGCCUUCUUGAUGAAAAGGCAAAAGAUCGAGAUGGAUACUGUCAUCAAAAGAAACCAGAAGGCACCAACUUCCAGUCUCAACUCCUAUAUUCUGAAAAAAACAAACGGUGCUUGGAAAUUCAUGGGACCAUUACACCGGAAACAUUUCCCAAUGCCUUCAAGAAUGUUCUUAUAAAUGCUGAAUAUGUAUCUUUGAUUGAAAACAUGUCUGGCAGUUUGGCAGCCAUGUUAGGUGCGAGUGAAGUGAAGAAACUGGAAGGUUGUUGGCUGCAGGGAUGCGCCAUAAUGAAGAGUAUUUUUCUUGGUGAGGAUGGAGAUGUUGGAUUGGGGAAAUAUCUUAAGAUUCUGUGGAUCUCUAAUCUGCCUAGUUUGGAGAGUGUAUACAAAGAGAGUGUGCAGCCAGGGAGCUUUGAGAAUCUUAAGUGUUUGCAUUUAGAUUGUUGUCCGCAGCUUGUGGAUAUGUUCCCUGCAUCUCAACUGCCAUUAAACCUUGAAGUCCUUAGAAUAAAAUUUUGUGAUAAUCUGCAGAUUCUGUUCAGACGGGGUGAAUUGGACAAGUGUUCGUUGGGAAAGCUAAAGACAUUGCAUCUUUUAGAGCUACCUGAGCUUUCAACCAUUGGAGUUAGAUUGCCCUCUUUAGAAAAUUUUGAUGCCAGUGAAUGCCCAAAACUGGAGAAGAGAAAGGAGGAUCUCAAAGUUGGCAUGUGCGAAUGUGGCAAGUGCUGAAAUGGAAGAGAGCUGCUAUCAAGGAUAUGGUAACAGUUAGUGAAGCUCUGUCUAUUGUUUCAUGUGCAAAUGUUAUCAGAGGAUGCCAAAUGCAGGUGUUCGAAGUUGGGGCAGGUUUGGUUUUGAGGAAAAACCUUCUAUUGUACCUUAAUUGCUAUAUGUGUGUGUGUAUUAAUGUAUGUAUGAUCUGCUUAGACAUUGAUGUGUGUAUGUAAACAGAAUCUUCAUGCUUUAGCUGUAAGCUGUUGAUAUGGAGUCAUUCUUUUAUCAGCUACUGUUAGAGGGAAAGACAGGGAUGGUUUGGUUACAGAACUUGUACACUCUGAUGUGUAUCAGUAAUCAGUGCACGGAAAAAAGGUUUGAAUUGUGAAUAGGUGGAUUUUUAUGUUGGGGCUAUGGGCUUAAAUUGUUAUAUGGGUUUUGAUUUGCUGUUAAAGCUUGAAAUUUGUAAUGA